UGCCCCAGCAGGACCCGGGGUCCCUGCCGGCCAGCGCUCGUUUCCCAGCAAAGAGGGGGCUGCCCCGGGGGGAUUAACCCUCCCGAGCCUUGCAGCGCCUGCUAGACCCCCCCGAGGGUGCGAAGCGAAGCCCUCCCCCAGCUCCGGAUCUGCCCAGAGUCAAUAGGAUGAGGGGGAUCUGCUACUUUGUCAUGCUGAUCCUCACAGAAGCCAUGACAGAAGCAGUGAGUUCGGGCAGAGAUUGCCUGCAGGCCGGGGAGUCCUGCACCAAUGAUCCCAGCUGCAGCUCCAAGUUCCGGACCCUCCGGCAAUGCAUCGCGGGCAACGGCGCCAACAAACUGGGACCGGACGCCAAGAACCAGUGCCGGAGCACGGUGACGGCCCUGCUGUCCAGCCAGCUUUCUGGCUGCAAGUGUAAACGGGGCAUGAAGAAGGAGAAACAUUGCCUGAGCGUCUACUGGAGCAUCCACCACACCCUGAUGGAAGGUAUGAAUGUGUUGGAGAGUUCUCCGUACGAGCCAUUCGUCAGGGGCUUUGACUAUGUCCGGCUGGCAUCCAUCACCGCAGGUUCCGAGAACGAGGUGACACAGGUGAACCGCUGUCUGGACGCCGCCAAGGCCUGCAAUGUGGAUGAGAUGUGCCAACGGCUGAGGACAGAGUACGUCUCCUUCUGCAUCCGGCGCUUGGCCCGGGCCGACACCUGCAACCGCUCCAAGUGCCACAAGGCCCUGCGCAAGUUCUUUGACCGCGUGCCCCCCGAGUACACGCACGAGCUUCUCUUCUGCCCCUGUGACGACACGGCCUGCGCCGAGCGCCGCCGACAGACCAUUGUCCCCGCCUGCUCCUACGAGUCCAAGGAGAAGCCCAACUGCCUGACCCCACUGGAUUCCUGCCGGGAGAACUAUGUCUGCAGGUCCCGCUAUGCGGAGUUUCAGUUUAACUGCCAGCCUUCCCCGCAGUCUGCUACUGGCUGCAGGAGGGAGAACUACGCUGCCUGUCUGCUGGCAUACACAGGAAUCAUAGGUAGUCCCAUCACACCUAACUACAUCGACAAUUCGACCGCCAGCAUAGCGCCGUGGUGCACCUGCAACGCCAGCGGCAACCGUCAGGAGGAGUGCGAGAGCUUUCUGCACCUCUUCACCGACAACCUCUGUCUCCAAAACGCCAUCCUGGCCUUCGGCAAUGGGACGUACCUGAACGAGGCACUGGCCCCGUCCGUGCCCCCGACAACGCAGAUGUACAAGCAGGAGCGAAACGCCAACAGAGCUGCCGCCACCCUCAGAGGGAACAUCUUUGAGCAACUCCAGCCCACCAAGGGAUCUGGAGAGGAGCCGCUCCUAAGGGGCUCCACCCAACUGGCAUCCGAAACCUCUGGCUUGGCGUCAGUCUCCCGUGCUGCGGAGUGGCUGCUGAUGUGGGUUUCCAUGGCUCUUGCUGCGCCACUCCUGCUUGCGAUGUGAAACGGAGCGAGCACGCAGCAGGCGGUGACUCUAUGCGCAUCUCUUUCUUUGUAUUUUUUUUUUUU